UUUUCUUCCGAAGUGGAGCUUUAGUUCUUAACUAUGAAUAUUUUAACCACAAAUGUGCUGUAACUCCGGCUCACUAAGGAAGAGUUUAGUUUAUCAACGAUGUCGCACAGCACAUACAAUUCGCUCUGGUCUGGAGCUCAUGAGGAGCUCAGCUGUUUGCUGCCUCAAGAACUCCCAGAAGAGCCUCUUCGCCCUGAGAGAGACAGAGUGGUGUUUUUCCAAAGGAUCGCCACCUUCUAUGUUCGCUAUGUGCAGAUCUUCAGGCACCUGGAAGAGGCCUAUGACCUAAGCGUUCACCCCCAAAAGAGGCGCGUAAUUAGGCAGGUGCUGGACAGUGUUAUGGGCCGUGUUCUGGAGCUCAAGAACGAAAUGGUGGAAAAAGAAUUUUCAGAGUACCACUAUAUGGACGACAUCAUCCAAGACCUGAAAUUAACCCCUGAGGACCUUGAGAUUCCAAUUCCCAGGUAUUUUAUUUGUGAGCGGAAUAAAGUGCUGCAGGAUAGAGAGAGAAUGUUUGCUGCUAUAUUGAACCAAAUGGAUGUCACUGAAAAGUCAGGACCUCCUGUGAUGCGGAUGUUGACCCUGGAAAGGGCCAUUAAAGUCAUUCAAGUGGCUGAAAGAGCACGGCAAGGUCGACUGAGGGCAAAGUUCAUGAGAGAGAUCCACAGAGACUCUGAGAGACAAAAGAGAGCUGAAGAAGAGACAGUUAGUACUGACCAGGCUGCAGUUUGCAUCCAGAAGGUGUGGAGAGGUUUCAUGCAAAGAAAAAUAACAAAAAGGUUACGUGAGGAGGAAAUGAUAUUUCUUGGAAUGGCACUGGAUCCAAAACUAUCCUAUCCAUCCCAAACUGAGCUGAUUGCCCAGAACAAUAAGGCCAUGAGGCGGACUAGACAAGAAGAACACGAGGAUGACUAUCAGAAAUCCAUUGGAUCUGUUAUUCAUCAGCUUAGGGAAGUGGAGGGCUCAGAAAUGAAAGAGACUAUGAAAGAUCAGAUUCGACAGUGGUUCAUAGAGUGCCGUGAUGCAACAGGCUCAUUUCCUGACUACCCAGAGGAGGAGGAUGGAGGAUCAGCUCUUAUAUUCGCAGAGAAAACACCUGAGGAGCUGGCAGAUGAACUGGCUGUAAAGGAGGAAGAAGAUGCCAAUAAAAAUCCAAAGGGUAAGGAGGACACCAAAGAAAAAGGAAAGAAAAGCAAAAUCGAAGAUGAGGAGGAAGAGCCCGGACUGAAGAUGCUGCCUUCUGCCUGUCUGUCAGAUCUUGAGAGGAGUCACAAGACAUUUUCUGAGGUUUGGAAAAACCGAAACGAGUCCAAGAACUUUAGUCAAAGACAUGAGCUGGAGCUGAUAAAGGAAGACAAAAGAAAGGAGAUUGAGGUGGAAAUAAGAAAGCAGGUGGAUGAACUGAUGAGACAGGAACUGGCUAAUUGGAAGCUGGCUGUGGAUAAAGAAAAAAGCGGAAAGGUCAAGGGUGCCGCAAAAAAAAAGAAGGCGUCAAAAAGCGCAAAGAGGAAGAAGAAGGACAAAGAUCUUACAGCAGAUAGGACCACCGAGUCACUUUUUGAAGAGCUAGUUGAACAGGAAUUGGUAAAAAAGCCAGAGAAUGUUAAACUAAAAGAUUAUCUAGGGGACUAUAGCUACCUUGGCACAACUCUACGACAGACUGACAUUGAGCCUAUGCCAUCUUUAUCUGAUGUUCGGCAAGUUGUAACCCUCUAUGCUGUCUUACCACUAGGCUCCCAAGCAGUUCAUGAGAAGUCUCCCCUGGUGAAGACUAUCCUGCUUGUAGGGCCUUCAGGAGUGGGUAAGAAAAUGUUGGUUCAUGCUAUUUGUCAGGAGACCGGAGCCAAUCUGUUUGACCUGUCACCUUUAAACGUGGCUAAAAAAUACCCUGGUAGAAACGGAUUGCAGAUGAUGCUGCAUCUGGUGUUUAAGGUUGCCAGACUAAUGCAGCCCUCUGUCAUUUGGAUCGGAGAUGCUGAGAAGAUGUUUUACAAAAAAGUACCAAAAGAGGAGAAAGAGUUAGAUCCAAAGCGACUGAAGAAAGAUUUGCCCAAAAUCCUCAAGUCCAUCAGAGGAGAAGAUUGCGUUUUAAUAGUAGGAACAACAAGUGAUCCACACAGCGCAGACCUGAAAUCUCUGUGCAAAUUCUACAAUAAGAUCAUCCUCAUACCUCGACCAGACUAUGCAUCCAGAUACGUAAUGUGGAAAGAGUUGAUAAAAAAGAACGGAGGAGAAGUGACCGGUGACCUGGACCUCAGCUCUCUGGCAAAGAUUUCUGAUGGAUACACGCAAGGUCACAUGGUGCAGGUAGUGCGUAGCAUCUUGACUGAACGGCGGAUUCAGCAGUUUCCCAAACGUCCGCUCACUGCCUCAGAAUUUGUGUCUCCGCUUGCUAGAAUCGACCCUGUGUUUCAGGAAGAAGAAGAGGCAUUAAAAAACUGGUAUGCUAAGACUCCACUUGGCAAGAAGAGGAUUAAAGCUGCCUCAGGGAAAGAGGGUGAUGAAGAGCCCCCAAAAACUGGAGGCAAAGCUGGCAAGAAAAAAGGAAAAAAGUAACAUUAUAAGUGUUCAAAUGAUCAACUGCAAUCCAGCAUUUCCCUGCCUUCACCAAUAAAUGUAUUAAUUAGGA